CGAUCAGACUCGUGAUUUGUCCAAUAAUUCCACAUCUGACAAAGCUAAAUCUCGAAUCAAAGAACUUGAAGAGAAAGGUUUUUCGUCCAAAGCUGACCAUUUCCUGUUAAUGGAAAAGUACAGUUUGCUGGAUGCGCAACUAUAGCGCAUGAAAGAUGAGCAGCAGACAACAAAUAUUGACGCGGGAAAAUGUCAAAAAAUUCUGUAGGCAUUUGCGUCCGACAUUAGACAAGGCGCUUGAAAAGUUACUACAAUCUUCUGAAUUUCUCGACGAAGCCUACAAAUCGGUGUCCCAAUUCUUGCAAACAAUUGAUUGGAGAGAUGGAGAUAACCAUCGAGUCUUCUCUCCGAAAUACGUCUGUCAGUUCCAUGGACUUUUCUGGCGAUACAAAAGAGACGGAUAUGGAUGCAGAUUGUUCUCUGCUCGAUUCAUACGACGUAAACCCGAUCACAACCUCGCCAGAUAUCUCCGCCAUCAAAGAAAAAGAAUUCACCAAACAUCGCUUGGAGUUAACACCAGAAGAGGGCGAAAUCAAACGAUUUGCGGCUGAUUCUGCUGCCAGCAAUACCAGUCCAUCUUCUACUCUUCUGUCUGUUGGAAGGCGUACAUCAAAAAGGAGAAGUACGAUUGAUGAAUUUACCAGUUAUAAAGAACAGUCAAUCCACAAAAAAUUGAGACAAGGCGAUCCAUUCACCGACUGCAGUUUGUUUCAACCGUCACAGCAUAAAUUAAACUUUGCGGGAAAACGAAAAAAAAUUACGAAGAAAAAUAAUGGUUCAUUAAAAUAGGAAAAUUUGACGCUGGAAUUUCUUUCAAAGGCAGGAUGAAUGUCGUUCGCUAAGCCUGUUGAGAUGGCCAUGAAGCUAUUGGUCGAGAUACGAUAUAUCACUGGCGAGGUCAGGCCGAGUUUUACUCCCGCUUUGAAUGUGGCAAUUUUUAAGCACGAUUAAGAGAAUCUAAGAGUAUCUUUAUAUCUUUGUGCGGAGACAAGUUUCGGUAAUUAUUAUUUUUGUUAUUGAUAAAAAAAGGUUGCAUUGCACGAUAAAAUUGAAAAAAUCGGAUUGUCUUUGCCACUUCUAUACGUGCAAAAGCGCGCUUGCGUUAAAACUCGGUGUUGAUCUUUCCAGUGCCGACCUUGAUUUUCAAUUUUCAUAAAAAGCUAUUUGGAACUGGAAGCGAUCGUUUCCAUUUGAUGUAUCUGGUUCGCCAGCAUACCGUCAGAGUUUAAAAUGGCAUUUGUAUCUUCUUCUUCAAAGAGAAGAGCGGAGUUUGGGCCGGACCGUAAUAUUUAAGGAUGCAGUUUGAACUCUGCCUUACUUGGGAAGAAUUAGUGAGUGAAUACAUCACGGUUGAUCUCCGUAUUCCGUAUUUUAUUUUGCGAUGAUAAUUUACAUUUUGAAUUAAAAACCUUUCGACGUUU